AGUGCCACGCAGCCAGAGGACCAAUUUUGCAGCCAGAGGACCAAUUUUGCAACUAUGGCUUUCCGCGCGGGACUCUGCUUUCUCCUGCUGGCGUUUGCUCUCUUCCUCCUUCCGUCCUACGAGCAGAAGGCAGUGGGUCCCCCUGCAGAAGAUGUCCAGAUAGAAAUCUUGCACGUCCCCGAGGUCUGCGAGCCCAAGAGCAAAAAGGGUGAUCUACUCAAUGCGCAUUACGACGGUUUCCUGGGUAGUAAUAAGACCAAGUUUUACUGCAGUCGCACACAAAAUGAUGGCCAUCCAAAAUGGUUUGUCCUUGGUGUUGGCCAAGUCAUUAAAGGCUUAGAUAUUGCAAUGAUGAAUAUGUGUCCUGGAGAGAAACGAAAAGUGAUCAUUCCUCCUUCACUUGGCUAUGGAGAACAAGGCUAUGGUAAAAUAGGACUAAAUAUGAAUAUCUUCAGUUUUUUUAAUUGCACAAUUGGGCAUCCAUAGUAAAGUGGAUUAUUGAGAUGCCAGAGCAUAUCACUUUUACGUACCAGUAAAACAACCUUUCUUCUUUUUUUCAUCAGCAAUUUCUUCUGUAAAUGUUAUUUAUCCAUCAGCAAAUAUGGAGUGAUAGUGACACUGAGGAAUUGCUGCUUCCUCAGGUUCUUUCCAUUGUCAUAUGUUA